AUGACUCAUCCUGCCCGGCCCUACGUCGCGCUUCCUGUCCUGUUCGGGCUCUCGUCACCGCCCCUCGCUGCUUUCCCGCACGCCGAUUCGUCAAAUCGGCCAAACGCCCUAAGGCGGGGCAUCGGGAGCGGAGCGGAGCGGCGGCGGCGGCGGCGGCGGCACCGGCACCCGGAGCUCGGAGGCAGCUGCAGCCCAGGCAAACGGUUCAGGUGCCAUCCCGUGGGCACGGCGGUGCUGGUUCUGCUGCUCCUGGUGCUGGCGCUGGCUUUGGGGGCGGCCGUGGCUGUGCUGGCAGCACCACAGGUUCCAGUCACACCUGCGACUCCGCCAUCAGUUCUGGGCUGUCCCUUUGACUGGGUUGGGUACAAGGGGUUCUACUACAACUUGUCAAGGGAUUACAGCACGUGGGAGCAGGCUCAGGAACGGUGCUCCAAGCUGAACGCCUCCCUGGCCAUUGUCAAGGAUGAGGAGGCCUUGGAGUUGCUCUUCCGCCUCUGUGGGAACGGCGAUUUCUGGCUCGGGCUGCGCAGACGGGGCGAGCGCCUGCAGUGGUUGGACAACAGCAGCUACAGCUUCCCGGAUUAUGUCCACGGUGAUUCUGAGUGUGUGUACCUGGCUGACAAGAGAUUGAAGACUGGGAACUGCUCCGAGAAGCGGCCAUAUGUCUGCAGCAAGCCCGAAGGUCCCCUGUAACAGCAGCUGCGCAAAGGACCUUCUCCACAUUGGGCAAUGCCAGGGAGCUCAGCUUCAUCGCUGAGCCCAGCACAGCGCUGUCCUUCCUUAGCUGCACCCUGUGCCUUGCACUUCCUCUCAGGGUCACCUCAGUGCCAACGCUGGGCUGGGGCUGCAAAGGAAAAGUCUCUGCAAUCCAUCCUUCCACUGAUGCUGCCUGCAGUGAGUGCAAUACCCUCAUUAUGUGUGAGAAAUAGGGCUCAGUAUUUACACUUUUUAUAAAAAGUUUUUUAAGCAUUAAAAUCCUGCCUUGGGGUGCUUGGCUAUUAGCACACAGUUAAUUUAAACUGUGUUCUUUAUGUACGGUUACAUUUUAGAGCUAUGUGGAUAUUUAUAAGAAUAUAUAGAUGUUCAAACAUUGCUGUGGUUUACAAUGUUCUUUUGUUUCAUUUUAACCUUUGAUUUGUGUUCAUGCUCUAUUGUUGUAUAAAAUAAUAUGUUGGUUUUUUUUUAUCGUGGUUCUGUCUUGUAUUUUCACUCCCUGAUAACAACAGUCAAUAAAUUAUUUUUUUCGGUGCCCUGG